GCUAAUCUACCGUACGCUCCAUUGAGUUUUGCUAUUUAGAUAAUGAAUUAAUCGGAGUUUGGGACAUGAUGCUACACCUUAACUUAUAAUGGUUGACCCCAAUUCUUAAUUGUCUAACCCAAAUCAUGAGGUUCGUUUAAUCUUAAAAUGAAAAUUAUUGAUAAUUUUCGACGAAUCAAAUUCAUUGAUUUCAAAAGUUUUUAUUUUACAUGCACUUAGAAUGUAUAACAUUUCUGCAUUAAAAAAUUGAUGUAUAUUGUAGAUAAGUAAAUACUAAUGUAAGAGUAUAUUAAACAUCAGGGUAUAAAGAAUUGGUUAAAAAAAUUUCAAACGUCAAAAACUAAUUAAAAUCCACACAUUUCCUAAAACUCUGUAUUUGAACGUAGCCAAAUAACUAACGAAAAACCUUUCCGUUUUUAUGCCUAAUUUAAUAAAUUUAAACAUGAAACCGCAGCAAGAAAACACGGAGAAUAAAAAAAAAAAGCAAAAAGAAAACUUAAUUCCGAAAAUUGCGGGGAGGGCUACGAAGCUUACGUGGAUGGUGUCUUUUUCUUAAACUGCUUUAAUAUAUUUUAAGAUUGUUUUUAUGAAAAUAAAAUAUGUGUUAGAUUUUAUGACAUGGAAAUGAUAAAUAAUUACUUUUAUUAGUUUUAGCUGAUACAUAAGCUUUUUAACGGUCAAAUAUAACUGUUGACCGCCACCUAGGACAGAAUUAACGGAACUAGACAAUGAGUGAACAAGGAUGACAUAAAUAUGUAAUAUCAAUGGCCAAAUUGAAAGGAAAGUGAUUCGAGUGGCUAUAGGUAAUAUGAGUGACCAAAUUUGCAUUUCACCCCCUCACACUGUAAAGUGUAAACAGCAUAAUUCUGCCGGACUAUCCAUUUGCCGGAUUUCAUCGCCCCAUUAUUCCUCUCCUUCCACCGGCCACCACCAACCGCCAUUUUCAUUUUCAUACCCAGCUGCUUCUUCCUUCUCGUUAUCAUCGCCGCCUCCCCUCGCCGCCUACCCAUGAAAGAUAUACAACCCCGGCAGCUGCAGGCAUCCGAUUCCCGCCGCCUUCGUCAUUCUUUUCCAUAAGCAAUGUCCAAAUGGCGACCGACUCUGUUUUUACUUCAUAUAUAUAAAACAGAGCCGUUCCACCACCACAUUUUCUCCCAUCAAAAUCAUAUAAUUGGCAUCAAAUUCUUUCGCGUUUUCCAUCCGAAUUGGAUGUUAUGGCGCCUCAGCUGUUCUCCUGCUUCGUCUGUAAACCGCAGAUUGUCAGCAACGAUGCCGAUUCCGAUGAAAUAAAGCGCCGGCACAGAUCCAAACCCUUCGUCACUCCCCGGAAUAGCGCCGGCGGCGGCGGAAGGAAACGAGGGGAGGGGAAACUAGAAGGGGGUGGGAACCACAGGAAAUCCAACAGCUUGUCCAGCUACCCUGGCGGAGGCGCCGGAGGAGGGAGACACUCUGGCCCGAAGCAGAGGGCGGUCGCCAGAGCUGUUAUAGAGGAGGAGAGUUACAUUGGUUCUCCCGAGGAGUGGAUGAAUCAGAGCGGCGGCGGCGGCGGCGGCGGAGGAAGGCCGAAUUUCGUCGGGGCGAGGAAAUCGGCGAAUGGGAGGAUUGAGGAAGUGGAGGAGAGCUUCGCGGCAGAAGACGAUUGGAAUUACAGAGGACGAGGAGGGAAUAACAAGAAGAGGCCUCAGGGGAAGAAAUCGCAGGCGCGGCAGCCGGACGAGGAGACGGAGAGCUUCCCGGCGGGUGGGUUGGAAGCUUCGUCUUUCAGCCGGAACUGGGAAAAGAGCCAGGCGUCGGUUAGUUUAUCGGAGUGGGCGAUUGUCUGCCGGCCCAGCGCCGAUCAAUAAACCAAACCACUCUGCUCCAUGGCUACGUAACGUAGAUUUGGGUUACUCCGGCCGGCGAAACUCGAUCGGCGAUGGCUGACAAUCAGAAUUUUUAAUUUGUUACAACUUUAUAACAACGAUUCCUUAUGUAUGUUCAGUUACUGAUCUCCAACAUGUACGCUUGCAAAUCUUUCUCUUAAAAUCUUUUUUUGUUUCAUUCUUUUGAGUGACAUUUUCAGUGUUCUAGCCGUUGGGUUAUUCACAGGUUAAACAAAAGAUCUUUUUUUUU